GCAUUGGUUGAUUUAAAAUCCUCAUUGUAAUUGACAAAAGAGAUUUUCUGGUUUGCAUAGUUAUUUCUAUAGCAGUUGUACUUUAUAUAUAUUCAUAAAGAUUCAAAGAAUAUAUUUAGAAGAAAAUUGGCAAGUAUAAUUUCAAUUGAAAAAAUUUACACGACGAUCUUCCUUUAAAACUUUUUGUGAAAAUGGACGGAGAUGACAAAUUUGAACCCAACAGUCAGCAGCUGAAUCCCCCUUCAGCAUUCCAGUACAACCAGAUUGCUCCGGUUUCUCAGCAGCCGAAUCCCCCUCCAGCACACGGGUACAACCACGUUGCUCCGGUUUCUCAGCAGCCAAUGGGCCAACCUCCACCUUUACAGCAAGCACACCAAUCGAACACUACUGUGGUGGUAAACCAACAAAUAGAGCGCUUUGUUCGACCCCCGGCACGUACAUGGAGUACUGGAGCCUUUGGCUGUUUCUCUGACAUGUCAUCCUGUUGUGGCGUGUGUCUUUGUGGAGGGUGUUGCUACCCCUGCUAUUUGUCAGACAAACUCGGCGAGUCCUGCUGCCUGCCGAUCUGUUUACCGGGAAAUACCUGGCUUUUAGCUCUUCGGGUCAAGAUGCGAGCUGAGAAUAAUAUCAUGGGGAGUAUUAUGGAUGAUUCCUCCAUGGUCUGUUGCUGUGCCCCGUGCAUGAUGUGUCAACUCUCGCGUGAACACGAAAAUAUCAAGUCUGGUCGAGCAUAGCGCACAAAAAAAAGUGGAAAUAAAUUUUAUAUAAAUUGGUUUGUUAUAGAUACUAGAAAAUUAUUUAAUUGUUUGCCUGGGUUUAUGUCUACGUUUUAAAUAAACUAACAGUAAAAUUAUAAAA